AUGACUAGCUAUGUGUACUGUAUUGUGGAAAACCUAAAGGGAGAAGAAUUUAGAAAAGAUUUUAAAGAACUUUCCACAGUGCGCACUUAUUUUCCAAAAGGAUCUAUGUUAGCCCUUACUGCAACUGCCUCACCUCAUCAUAUAACAAGUUUAGUGAAGUCAUUGAAUAUGUCAACAGCAAAAGUUAUCAGAGUAAAUCCCAACCGCAAAAACAUAUUUCUUGACAAAAAGAUCCGCAAAAGUAAUGCUUCUGGAUUCGAAAGCUAUGAGAAUAUAUUGUUACCUAUAGCAAAUUCAUUAAAUUCAGUAAGAGAACAAUUUCCAAUGACAAUCAUUUAUAUGAAAUUAAAAUAUUGUGGUCUUGCCUUUAAUCUAUUUGAAAGAAUUUUAAGCACAUUUCAAUACGUGGGAUUUGAAAAAACACCAUCUAGUCGUUUGUUUUGUCAAUACCAUGCACCGCAGACAAAAGCUAUGAAACAAAGUAUCAUAAAGGAAAUUUCUAUGAAGAACUCACGGAUCAGAGUUAUCUUUGCUACCACUGCGCUCGGAAUGGGUGUUAAUAUUCCACAUGUAGAAAAUGUUUACCACACUACCCCACCCAGCAAUUUUGAAGCUUAUGUUCAAGAAAUAGGACGAGCUGGCAGAAGUGAGCAACCUGCAACAGCUAUUUUGUUUUACAAUAAUUCCGAUGUUUCGGCAAAUAAAACAAAUGUGGAUAAAAAUAUGAAAUUGUACUGCCAGACAUCAACUUGCCUAAGGGAGCAUAUUCAAAAACAUUUUGGUUUCAAGCACGAACUUCAAGAAAAAUGUUGUUCAAUCUGUGAGAAAGUGGAAUUGGUAGAAAAACCAACCACUGUAAGAACUCGUUUAACAGCAAAAUUAAGAAAUGAAUUAAAUAAGGAACUAUGUAUGGCCCUAUCCAACAUUAGUGAAGAAAAUUCGAUAUUUUUGUUUGGGACUCCCAAAGAGCUUGCCGCUGACAUUUGUUACACAAGCUCACAAUUAAACACAGGUGCCCCUGAUUUAUCCAUGUUAGAUGAGAACAUUGCUAAAGAAGUUCAAAAUAUUUUGUCAAACGAAAAGCUGGAGACCACCAGCCCAGCUGCCAUGUUUGUUGUUACUGCCGCGAAAGACAACUAUGCAUAA